AUGUUUCAGAGAAUACUUACGACAAUUGAUUUAAACAAAAAAAUUAUGUUAAAUAAAGCUCGUUCAUUACUUUCACGAGUAUUUUCACUUGAAAAUCGUCCAUAUCAAUCAAAAGAUAUUGAGUUUUUUGAUGAAGAUCACGAGAAUAGCGAUGAUAGUAAUACAGGCACAGACGGCGAUAGUGAUGACAGUGAAAGCGAUGAUUAUAGUGAUGAAAUGGAGAACAAUGAAUUACAUGAAAAUAUUUCUCAGCAAUCAAAUGGUAUCAAAAGUGUUAAAUCAAUGCAAAAAGCCGUAUCAUUUUUAAAAUCAAAUUCGUGUGAUGCAGAAACAAGUAAAUAUGUUCGACAAAUAAAUGAUGUACCAUCAUCAUCUGUGAAAAAAUCAUCUACAAAAUCUAAUCCGUUUAUUGGAACAAAAUCAGAAUUAUCAGUAGUCUCUGAUCAACGUUCAUCAAUCUCGACUAUAUUCAAUUCUAUAAUAUUAAAAUCAUCGUCAAAUAAUCAAACUCGAGUACCGACCAAAACUAUUGAAAACGAUAUUAAUGAUAAAACAAACUAUUUAGUUGCUCUCAAUCGUAAUGAACGUAAACAAAAUCGUUUAACAUCAGCAAUGAAUAUUGCAUUUGCUCGAUGUAAUGUUGAGUCAAUGAAACGUUUAUUAUCCAAUUUUGACGUUGAUAUUAAUCAACGAGAUUCAUAUGGUAUGAGUUAUUUAGAACAUUCUAUCCUAAUUGGAUCAUAUGAAAUAGUCGAUUUAUUAAUUCGAUAUGGAUGUGACCUUUAUCAAGGAGAUUCUCAUGGUCACAGUUAUUUAUAUGUAGCAAUUGAAACAACUUCAAAUAAAAAUGAUGAAAUAAUCAAAUUAUUACUUGAAAACGAUUGUUCAUGUUUACGUUUAAUGGAUAUUGUAUCAUUGGUAUCUCUUGAUAAUUUAUCGCACAUAAACUCAAGUGACUUUUUACAAUUAAGUCGUCAUAUUCUAUUGAUAAUGACGUAUCAUCUAAAACGGAUGGCAUUAAACGAUGUUUUAUCCUUAUUGACUUACAUGAUAUCAACUGGGAUUUUACUAUGUAAAAAUGAUGAUAUUUAUGGUUUAAGUGAAUGUAAUAAACAAGCCAUUGAACGUUUUAAUAAUGACUAUAUUCAAUUAUUUGUAAAAAUAUUGGGCUCAAAACAUGCGCUUAAAUUAGAACAAAAACUACGUUCAGUUGCCGUUCAGCAAUGGCCAUCAACAUCAAUUAAUCUUAUACCACUUGCGCUCAAUGAUAUACAAAUUUGUAUAGUUAAAAUAUACGAUAUGAUCAAACAACCAAAUGAUUUAAAACAUUUUUGUCGUUUAAUUAUUAGACAAAAUUUAAAAAAUUUAAAGAGUUCAACUCUAAAUUCAUUAGGAUAUAGUGCAAAAUUACAAGAGUAUUUACUCUACUCACCAAUAUAA